AUGGUCCGCACUUCGGUUCUCCACGAUGCCCUCAACUCCAUCAACAACGCCGAGAAGGCCGGCAAGCGCCAGGUCAUGAUCCGACCCAGCUCCAAGGUCAUUGUCAAGUUCCUCCAGGUCAUGCAGCGUCACGGCUACAUUGGCGAGUUCGAGGAGGUCGACGACCACCGAUCGGGCAAGAUCGUUGUCCAGCUCAACGGCCGCCUCAACAAGACGGGUGUCAUCUCUCCCCGCUACAAUGUCCGCCUGGCCGACCUCGAGAAGUGGGUUGUCAAGCUGCUGCCCGCCCGUCAAUUCGGCUACGUCAUCCUGACCACGUCGGCCGGCAUCAUGGACCACGAGGAGGCUCGCCGGAAGCACGUCGCUGGCAAGAUCAUUGGCUUCUUCUAUUAG